UUUCACUGAAAUACAAAACAAAAGGAACAAGUCAAUCAGAUAUUCUUUCAACCGAUAAAAUAUUGUAAAAGAAAACAAAGAUUUUAUUCUUCUUAGUUCUUUCUACUGAAACUGCCACUCUUCUUCUUCUGCUCGCUCGCUCGCGUUCUCUUCACAAUGGUUGUUUAGGUAAGCUCAAUUUGGCUUCUAGGUGUUUUAGACAAUGAUGUUGCAGUUUUUCUCUAGGCAAAAUGGUGCCAUAAGGGAUAUUAAAUUCAAUUGGUUGUUCCUGGUCUAUAUUACAUGUGUUUUUGCAUCAAACUCUGCUAUUUCGGGAUCAUAAAGAUGUUCAAUUUCUCAAGAAGAAAGUUUUGUUUCACUUGGGACACCAUAAGCACUAACAAAAAAAUGGAUUUGCUGGGAAAUGCUCCAAAUUUUUUGUUUCGUUCUCAUCAGAAUUCUGGAAGUAGGAGUUCAAGUGACAGCUUCUCAAGUCGGGAUGAAUCUCAGGGAAUUUUGAACUCCACAACGGAAUUUAUACCAGAUUCUAUGGCACGGAAUGAUGCUGGUUAUACUAUUCGGUCAAGAGUGGGUUCUAUUCAUCCUGGCCAAGUUGGGAUCCAACGAAGUGCAAACCUGUCUAGAAGCUCUCAGCGACAAUCUCAUAUUCAACAACCUGUACCACAGAGAUUUCAAUAUGAACAGAACUCAAUGCUACAUGAACCACAUUGGAAACAGUCGAAACUCCAAUCCAGUGAAGAUGAAUUACCAGGUUUUGUUGGCUCUGUCAACUUGGAGGAAGGGAUAAUAAGUAAUCAGACUGUUCCACAGACACAGGUGCAGCUAUCGCCCGAAGAAGCACUAUAUUUGUGGCACCAACUUCCCAAUUUCGUACAAACUUCCGGAAAGAAUUUACCAAGGUUAAACUCUUCGCUACGGGAUAAACUUUUGCAGCAGCAGAUGGAAGCGCGCAUUAUGCAAAAGCAACAGCAGGAGGAGGAGUACAUUCUGUUACAGCAACAGAAGCCGCACCUUUGGCAACAGCAGCAGCAGGAGCACAUGUUGCAACUGCGUCAGAAGCAGCAGCAAAUGUUGGGGGCGCUUUCUCAACAACGACUGAAGCAAUCUCAACAAAAGGAAGUGCCUGCUAAAUUAGCUGCAAGACCAGCCUAUGUAAAGGGUACUUGUUCCUUUAUAUUAGCUAAGUACUUGUAUCAGCAGCGGCGAAGACCCACUGAUAACAAUCUCGAGUUCUGGCGCAAAUUUGUUUCAGAUUUUUUUACUAACAAUGCAAAGAAGAGAUUAUGUGUUUCACCGUAUGUUCACGGAAGCCUUAGCAGCGAUGUUAUUGGUUCUUCCCAUAAGGAUUGGCACUGUCAAAUAUGCAAUCGUACGUCUUUUGGCGAAGCAAAUGUGGAGGUUCUGCCUAGAUUACUCCAAAUCAAAUACGAAAGUCCGACUUUAGAAGAGCUUCUUUAUGUUGAUUUGCCUCAUGAAUCCCACAACUCAAGCGGUCAAAUUGUCCUUCGCUAUGGAAACGCAAGACAAGAAGGCGUCUAUAAGAACCGUCGUAUAUUACGUGAUGGUCAACUUCGUAUUGUUUUCUCUCCAGAUCUCAAGAUAUACUCUUGGGAAUUUUGUGCACGGCGUCAUGUGGAGUUUAUUCAACAAGACUUUAUAAAAACAAAGGUACAUCAGCUUGUAGAUGCAGCACAAAAUUGCUGUCUGUCUGCUCAAAAUGCACCGCCCGUGUCAUCGAAACCUGAUUUAGAAAGUAACUUUUAUAGGUUAAGCGAAUCGGUUGGUCAAUUGACAAAAGCUUUGGAGUUGGAGACAUCUUUAUUUGGUGAUUAUGGAUACACUAAGAGAUAUAUGCGAUUUUUACAGAUGUCGUCGGUAAUUAAUAGUAUGAAGGAUGUGAUGGACUCGUGCCAAGUGUCCGGGAAGGGACCAAUCGAGAGUUUCGAGGAGCUCCGCAAUUCGAGUAGGGUAGUAUUAGGACGGCAUGAUCCCGCUUUGGAACCUCAGCAACAGCAAACUCAAGGAAAUGCCUUGUACGUUGAUUUGACUGAAGAGCAAUUUUCCGAUCCUGCUACGCCCACCACUCAUCCAGAUUCGAGCAGGGUAUUGUUAGGACGGCAUGAUCCCGCUUUGCAACCUGAGCAACAGAAAACUCAAGGAAAUGCCUUGUACGUUGAUUUGACUAAAGAGCAUUUUUCCGAUCCUGCUACGCCCACCACUCAUCCAGAUUCGAGCAAGGUAUUGUUAGGAUUCUAUGAUCCCGCUUUGCAACCUGAGCAACAGAAAACUCAAGGAAGUGCCCUGAACAGUAGUGAUUUGAAUGAUGAGCACGCUUCCAAUCGUGCAGCGCCUACCACUCCGGAUAAGUUUUCCAUGGGCUUUAGGACUAAGAAUUACGAUGUCAGCAGUCAUUUUAGUGAGAGUUCAUUUCCUCUUUCAUCGCCUGGCUCUUCUACCUCUCCUCCACGAGAUCAACAGAAACCUUCUUCUCCGUCCUCGUCAACACCAUCUUCUAAAAGACCUAAUCGACACUACUGAUUUGCUUAUAGUUCCUUAUGGUCAGUGUUGAUUCUGAAGGGAAUGGCCUGAUGAAGAAAUUUUUUUGCUUGCUGCUAUUUUACAGGAGACAAAAACAUGUAGAUAUUCACAUUUUUUUAGUAUAUUCCUUGUUCCUCCAAACAAUUACAUCAACAUUUCUCUAGCUUUUGGUAUGUACAGAUUCACAUUCAUAUAGUUUUGAAAUGAUAUUUUUCAGUUCUUGGA